UGUUGUUCCCCUUGACGAAUAAAAAUCACUGCUUUUAUUUUGACAUCUCGGUUACGUAACCCGGAUAUACUUUAGAGUAGCUUUAGCCAACUAGCAACCGUUGUACGCAUGCAAACAUAUCGGCGGCAGACGGUAAGAACCUGGAUGCUGACCCCCUGCAGGACAUUCCAUGUGGCCCCUUUGACUUCUGGUCUCAUCUAAUGUGAUUCUCUCCAGCUCUCCAGUCCCAGGGGCACUGAAACCAUGUCAAGUCAGACAGGAAUAACGCCCACCCUGCGCUUCGGCCAGGUGGUCAUUGGACCCCCAGGCUCAGGAAAAACCACCUAUUGUCAAGGAAUGCAGGAAUUCCUGACUCGCCUUGGACGCAAGGUGAUUGUGGUGAACAUGGACCCUGCAAACGAAAGACUACCGUACUCCUGUGCAGUAGAUAUCUCAGAGCUGGUCACUCUGGACGAUGUGAUGGAGAACUUGAAGCUCGGGCCCAACGGUGGGCUCCUCUACUGUAUGGAGUAUGUUGAAGCAAAUCUGGACUGGUUAGAGAACAAGAUGAAACAGCACAGUGACUGUUACUUCUUGUUUGACUGUCCAGGACAAGUGGAGCUCUACAGCCACCAGAGUUCAGUAAAGAAUAUAUUCUCACAGCUGGCCAAGUGGAAUUUCAGGCUCACUUCAGUGCACCUUGUGGACUCUCACUACUGCACUGACCCAGCCAAGUUCAUCUCUGUGCUGUGUACCUCCCUGUCCACCAUGCUGCACGUGGAGCUUCCCCACGUUAACGUCCUCUCCAAGAUGGACUUGAUUGAGCAGUAUGGCAAACUGGCCUUCAACCUUGACUACUACACAGAGGUCAUGGACCUGACCUAUCUUCUCGAUCACCUGGCUGCAGACCCCUUCUUUAAGAAAUUCCAUCAUCUAAAUGAAAAGUUGGCAGAGGUCAUACAAGAUUACAGCCUCGUCUCUUUUGUGCCUCUCAAUGUGCAGGACAAAGAGAGCAUGAUUCAGGUCUUACGAACAGUGGACAAAGCCAAUGGCUACUGCUUUGGUGACCUGGAGGAGAGGAAUUUGCAGGCUAUGAUGUCAGCUGCUGUGGGGGCAGACUUCCAGUUCGACUCUACUCUUGGAGUGCAAGAGCGAUAUGUUGAAACCAGUGGAAAGACGUUGGAGGAGGAAAUGAUGGAUCUGUAAAUUGAAAAGCCCAAAUAAAAGGACAAAAGUGGUUGCCUUUUUAGCAUUAGUAUACCAGGGAGUCUUGGCAACAUUCAUCUAACUUGGCCUGAAUUCAGAGCCUCUCUGCAAAAGCAGUGGAGAGAUAGGAACUAAUUUUGGGUGCUGUAGAUGCUUCAAGGUUGCACCACACGUCAUAAAAAUCCCAAUGAGGACAACUGAAGAGAGUAAAUGCAGAACUUUUCUUCGGUUAUCAUCGAAAGUAGGGUGAUUCAUUGUAUUUUUUAUUUUAUGAGCAAAUCUUCAAUGAAUGCCAAUACAUUGUCUUAAAAUCUAUCAAAUGUAACAGCCCUCAUUUAGGUUUUGUUUCGUUAGAUGUUUAUGGUUCCCAUAAUUUUGAGAACACAGGUAAAAUGUACAUGGGUAAGUCAUAUUCCUUCUGAAAUAAUAAAGUGACUGCAAUUAGUAUAACAA